UUUGUUAUUGUUAUGGUUUGUCGCCUCCGGUGAUGUAAAAUCGUCCAUCACUCAAAAGGCGAAAGGAAAAUGCGACGUUGUUAAUUUUCCGUUGAAAAUAACAUUUGCCGCAAUUCGAUUGGCUUGAUUUUAAUUUGAAAAUAGUAAGUGCUAGCAUUCUCAAGCCGUCAGAAAAAAAAAUGAGCAACUCCCCGGCACAGGCUCCGAUCGCGCCACAAGCCGAACUGGAAUGGAUCCAGAUGCGCAGGGACUACGCGGACAUCCACGCUGAGACAACCCGCGAGAAGAUGAGUCGUAAACUGCACGAGAACCCGCUGGUGCCGAUCGGGUGCUUCGCAACGCUAUGCGCCCUCGGCUAUGGCUUGUGGAGCUUCCGCAAGGGCCAACGACAGAUGUCUCAGUAUAUGAUGAGAACUCGAAUCUUGGCGCAGGGUUUCACGGUGGUGGCGCUGAUCGUGGGCGUCGGAAUGACGUACACCAAGAAAAAUGAGGAACCGAAGAAGUGAAGAUCAGCAUGACUCAACAGAUUUUUUAAGUGGUCGCUUCGAACUUUGUUUUAGUGUUUUAGCGAAUUAACAGAGCAGAUAUAAUUGAUGUUACUAACUGUA